AUGGCAUGGGCUGGCCCCCGGGCACGCAGCGAGGGCAAGCACUGCAGGUCCACUGGGUGCCCUCGGAUGGACCCCAGGAGGGAUGGCUUCUGCCCCUCCACCACCUUCAAGAGCCAUGGGUACUGCAUGUCGCAGGCCAUGCGCUUCGCCGUGGGGGAGAUCAACAACUCCAGCGGGCUCCUCCCCUCCACCACCUUCAAGAGCCAUGGGUACUGCAUGUCGCAGGCCAUGCGCUUCGCCGUGGGGGAGAUCAACAACUCCAGCGGGCUCCUGCCCAACGUCACCCUGGGCUACGACAUCCACGACACCUGCUCGGAGCCUGCCAACCUGCACGCCACGCUGCGCGCCCUGGUAGAGAAAGGUGGCCAGCAGGUCCAGGUGCUCCCCACCUUCCGUCGCUACCAGCCCCAGGCGGUGGCCGUCAUCGGCCCCGACAGCACCCGGCUGGCCCUCACCACGGCAGCCAUCCUCGGUGUCUUCCUCGUCCCUGAGAUCAGCUACGAAGCCACCUUGGAGACGCUGAGCCUGAAGCGGUUCUACCCCUCCUUCCUGCGCACCAUUCCCAGCGACCGGCAGCAAGUGAAGGCCAUUUUCCUGCUGCUGCAGCAGUUUGGCUGGACCUGGGUCGCGCUGCUGGGCAGCGACAACACCUACGGCAGGGAUGGCCUGGAUGCCCUCUACAAGCUGCUGGCCGCCAGCGACGUGUGCGUUGCCUACCAAGGCAUCAUCCCCCCCAACAAAGAUGCCAGCAGCCCGGAGCUCCACAACCUGGUCAGAAUCCUCAGGGACGUCAGGGUCAACGUCACCGUCGUCUUCUCCACCAGGCAAAUCGCCCGCCCGUUCUUUGAGGUGGUGGUGCAGAAGAACGUCACGGGGAUGGUGUGGGUGGGCUCCGAGGACUGGUCGUUAGCCCAAACGAUCUGGGAGGUGCCUGGCAUCCAGAGUAUCGGCUCGGUGCUUGGGAUGGCGGUGCAGGAGAUCGAGUUCUCCAUGCUGGAGCGCUUUAAGUCGUGGAAGGCAGCAGAAGACAGUGCCAUGGCUGAAUAUACUGGCAGGAUGGAGGGGGGGGAAGACACGGAAGGGUGCACCCAGCUGGGCUGCACCAACUGCCACUCACUCACCACUGCCCCUGACAUGUACGAUGCUCAGGCCUCCUUCAACGUGUACUCGGCCGUCUAUGCGGUGGCCCACGGCCUCCACGACCUGCUGGGCUGUGCCUCAGGAGCCUGCAGCAAAGGCACAGUCUAUCCCUGGCAGGGCCACUCACUCACCACUGCCCCUGACAUGUACGAUGCUCAGGCCUCCUUCAACGUGUACUCGGCCGUCUAUGCGGUGGCCCACGGCCUCCACGACCUGCUGGGCUGCACCUCAGGGGUGUGCAGCAAAGGCACAGUCUAUCCCUGGCAGCUCUUACAAAAAAUCAAGCAAGUAAACUUCACCCUGUCCAAGAGCCACAUCUCUUUUGAUGCCAACGGGGACAUUCGGAAAGGUUACAACAUCAUCAUGUGGAACUGGAGUGGCCCGAGCUGGGCUUUCAACGUGGUGGGGGCUUUCAGUGUGAACCCCGACAGGCUGAGCAUUGACCAGGACAAAAUCCUGUGGCACACUGAAGAUGGCCAGGCCCCCACCUCACUGUGCUCCCAGGCCUGUCAGCCCGGGGAGAAGCGGCUGCAGCGGAGCCGCCACCGGUGCUGCUUCAGCUGCGUGGCCUGUCCGGCAGGAACCUUCCUCAACAGAUCGGAUGAGUGGGCCCCAGCAGGGAGUGAAGCUUGCUUCAACCGGACCGUUGAGUUCCUGUCCUGGUCUGACCCCAUCUCCUGGGCAUUGCUGACCCCCACCAUCCUCCUCCUGCUGCUCAUGGCAGGGCUGGCCAUCCUCUUUGCCCUCAACGCCUCCACUCCGGUGGUGAAGUCGGCGGGUGGGAAGAUGUGCUUCCUCAUGCUGGGCUCUCUGGCCUGUGCCUGCAGCAGCCUCUUCUGCCAUUUCGGGGAGCCCACCCGGCACACGUGCCUGCUGCGGCUCCCCCUCUUAGCCAUCAGCUUCACCGUCUUCCUCUCGUGCGUGGCAACACGCUCCUUCCAGAUCAUCUGCAUCUUCAAGCUCAACGCCCGCUGGCCGGCCCUCUACGAGGCCUGGCAGCGCCGCAAGGGGCCGGUGCUCUUCAUCGCCACCAGCACGGCGGCCCAGGCCGUGCUGUGCCUUGCCGCCGAGGCCGCCAGCCCUUCGGUGCCGCGGAGGAAUUACGGCGCCUGGCCCGAGCGGGUGGUGCUGGAGUGCGGCCCGAGCACGGCGGGGAGCCGGACGGCCGCCAGCGCCUACACCGUGCUGCUCAGCGCCGGCUGCUUCGCCCUCAGCUACGCGGGCAAAGACCUGCCCGCCAGCUACAACGAGGCCAAAUCCCUCACUUGCAGCCUGCUCCUGCAGCUCGCUUGCUCCGCCGCCAUCCUCUGCACGCAGGGCGUUUUGCGCGGCCGGGCGGCGGCGGCGGUCCGGGUGCUGGGCGCCCUCUGCCCGCUGGGCGCGCUGCUAGGCGGCUAUUUCCUCCCGAAGGCCUUCGUCAUCCUGCUGCGGCCGCACCUCAACACUCCCGAGCACUUCCAGAUGGCCAUCCAGCGCUACACGCGGCGCUUAGCCGACGCCUGACCCGCCCGGGACGCGGAGGCCCGACC